AUGCUUUCUCGUACUACCUUCAGAGUUGCCAGACAACAAGUUAGAUUAUUAUCUACUUCAAGAAUCUUAUUAAAUAAACUCCCAACUGAACUUAAGACCGCUGAUUCUUUAGCUGAAGUUACUAGUGAACGUGAUUUAAUUGGUAAGGGUGCUAAAGCAGGUACUAUCCCAACAGAUUUCGAACAAUCUACCGGUUUACAAAGAUUAGAACUUUUAGGUAAGAGAGAAGGUGUUGAUGUUUUCGAUAUGGAAAACCCAAUUUGUGAAGGUACUGGUACUUUUGACGACCCACUCUUAGUUCCAACCUUUUUCGGUUACAGAUAUGUUGGUUGUAGAGGUAAAGGUGAUGACGAACACAAGGCUUACUGGAUGAAGGUUGAAGAUGGUAAGAAAUCUAGAUGCUGGCACUGUGGUACCGUCUUGACUGCCAAGUACUUGGGUGAAGAAAGUAUGCACCACCAUUAA